AUGAUAACACACUCAAAGAAGGCACCACUGCCUGAGAAAUCCGCCGAUACAUUCUAUUCAGCCCCUCCGAGCAUCACACUUACCUCUAGCCCAUAUCCCAGCCCACCAGAUGCAUUCAUUGCCAAUUUUGACAGGUACAAGCCCUCCUAUUGCACUCUCCAUCCUGACCACACUCCCAACCUCAACAACUCUGUUAUAUCAAAGAUUUUGGCCACUUUCUGCUCCUAUCUCCCUCUAGACGAUGAGAAUCAACACCUCAAAUGCCUUCUCAACCCCAGUGGUCAAAUUUUUGACUCUCAGCCUUUCAUUUCCCCAACAGCAAUUGUUCACGAUGAUCUGCCGCAGCAACAAACAUCUCAACAAUUGACGCUGCUGCACCCCCCACUACCGCCCUUCACAAAUAGUCAAAAUGUCUGGAAGUGUUUCAUUCCCAAGUAUCUGUCACCUGCCAAGGAUCCACUCCUCAAAAAUGUGUCUGGACGACACGAGACUGUGCUCACAUCCUUGGUACACUCGUUCGCUACCAUCAUGCCUAGGAAUCUUUUUGUUUUAGGUAUAAAAGGUCUGUAA